AUGGGUUCCAAAUCUCCCGAACAUCAAGACACGGCCCACGGCCAUAAUGCCCCCUCGGCGGCGGUCACCACCGCUGGCGGCGAACCACGCGGUGCGCAUCUGUCUCGCGACGGAGACGGGAGUCUGGGCGAUACGGGCGAUACCGACGACGACGACGACGACGAUAAUGCCCUCGGGCCCGGUGCGGUUCCCCACUCCCUGACUGGACCGACCGCUGCGAAGACAAACCAGAAAAAGAAAAAGAAGAAGAAGAAGAAGAAGAAGUCCAAAAAGAAGCCGUCGGGUCCGGUCCACCAGUCCUCUCCACCCCGUGUCCCGGUGGAUCAGCUCUUCCCGACGGGUCAGUACCCCAUGGGGGAAAUUCAAUGCGACGGAACAAUGAUGAACACGGCGCGCACGACGGCCGCAGAAAGUCGCGACCAAGCCCGAUGCGACCUGGUGGACGAGAGCUUCCUCAACAACUAUCGCAAAGCGGGCGAGAUCCACCGCCAGGUCCGCCAGUGGGUCCAGGCCAGUGUGCGGCCGGGACAGACCCUCAUGGACAUUGCGGUAGGCAUCGACGAUGGUGUCCGCGCGCUGUUGGACAACGCGGGGCUAGCACCGGGCGAGGGUCUCCGGUCGGGAUUGGGAUUCCCGACGGGCCUGUCUCUCAAUCACUGCGUGGCGCAUUCCACCCCGAACCCGGGACAGUCGCCCGUCGUGCUGCAGGCGACGGAUGUGAUGAAGGUAGAUUUCGGCGUGCACAUCAAUGGAUGGAUUGUGGAUAGCGCCUUCACCAUGUCGUUUGAUCCGACCUACGACCCACUGCUUGCCGCCGUCCAGGAUGCGACCAACACGGGCAUCCGGACGGCCGGAGUCGAUGUGCGCAUCAGCGAUGUCAGCGCCGCUGUCCAGGAGGUCAUGGAGAGCUACGAGGUGGAGAUACGCGGCCAUACCUUCCCCGUGAAACCGGUCCGCGGUCUCAGCGGUCACGACAUCAAGCAGUAUCAGAUCCACGGCGGCAAGUCGAUCCCCUUCUUGAAGAACAAUGACCAAACCAAGAUGGAAGCCGGAGAGAUUUUUGCCAUUGAAACAUUUGGCUCGACCGGCCGGGGCACCGUGAUCGACGGCGCCGGUGUCUAUGGGUAUGGCCGGAGUGCCGACGCCCCUCUGAAGGUGAUCACGCCGCUGGCGACCGCCCGAUCGCUCUACAAAACCAUCAACCAAAGUUUCGGGUCGCUGGUCUUUUGUCGCCGCUACCUGGAGCGGCUGGGGGUGGAUCGAUACCUGGCGGGGAUGAACAACCUCGUAUCCAAAGGGGUGAUGGACGUCUACCCUCCUCUGGUGGAUAUCCCGGGCUCGUUUUCCGCCCAGUUUGAACACACCAUCAUUCUAGGCGAGUCGGGCAAGGAGGUUAUCAGUCGCGGGGAUGACUAUUAACACAUGGGAUGAUCAUAUUUUCAAUGGAAGGCCUUGCCCUGUUGUUGAAUCUAUCCUGCGCAAUGCCAUCCAACAUGGCGUGUUUUCUCGAGGUGUCCGUCUCACCAGUUCAACCUGUCGGGAUGGACCCUGGUCGACAGUCUCUACCGACCCUAAUUUCAAGCUUUUGACUUUCUUGCUCUGUUAUUUCCCGACCGCGGGUCUAUCCCAGGCACCCUGGGUAGCACCUUCCAUGGGUCCGAUCGCCACCCCGUUCGUAAUGGUAAAAGUCACGGCCCAGUCUCCCUAGCGCAGGAUUAUCUAGCGCGGGAAUAUAUAUAGACGACCAACGCGACUAGAAUCCUCAGCGCAGGCAAGCGAUCUGGUUAAAAUAGAUUGCAUCCCUGGCCUAGGAACAGCCAACGACGUUCUCGCCCCG